AUGGCGCAUUUGCUGGCACGAGGAUGGAUUCUCGCCGCAUUGUUAGUACAAGCCCUCGCUUUGACUGUCGACAUUCAAACCACCGUCACUGCCAUCACUCCGAGUCCUCGCUCGUUCUUCAUCUGCGAUCGCUUCUUCUAUGGUUCCUCCCACUACUUCAGUCGCCAUUCAUUCCUCAUCUCCUGUGAGAACUCCAUCAGGGGUCGGAUCACUAGCUCCUUCGUCUUCUCCGGUGAGAAUGUCAUUAGCAGUGGGUUCUUCGACGCCUUCAUCUUCUCCAGUGAGAAUAUCGCCCUUGGCCACUUCUGCGACUCCUUCGUCGAGACCGGUUCGAAGUCAGCCAGCAACCUCGCAGCCACACUGGACGUAUAUCUCCAGACCCUUGCCUCAUCGCAGCUGCUCGUUGGGUGCAAGCUCAAGUGCUCCUAUUCCGUCCUCCAGGGCAUUUCACACCACACCGACAAUGCCUUCUCUCACUGCCACUGGUACCUCGACAGCCAGUUUAACUGGAGCCCCUCAGCGGGGCACCACAGCUGCAACAGGACCUUCGGGCCCUGCAUUCACCACAUCAACGGUCUUUACUACUCGCACGCCCACGAUUACUGCAUGUCCGACUACUGUCCCCAACUGCCCUGCCAGUGCCAAAACGACCUUUGUGACCACUGA